AUGAAAGAAGAGAUCCCACCAGUUAUAACCACAAAUCAACAGUCAAAGAUAUCAAGUCAAAGAUCUAUUGAUAAAGCAGUGGAGGAGAUUCUUGCAAAUGAGAUUGAGAAAGAGGUUCAUUCCAAUACAUCAGAAGAUAUUCAAAUUAUACCAGAAUGUCAACCAAAUGAAACUAUCUCACACCCAGACCAAGAAUUGAGGAACAUAGGACAGACAGAAAUUGUUGAAAAUCCUGGAGAUGACAAAGAAAGAUCAGUUGAGAAGGGAAAACUCUCAGAUUUGCAACAAGAAUCUUCACCAAAAGAGACUCAUGUGGGAGAAAACAUACAACAGAAUGCACUGGAUGCUAAUGAAAAUACAGAUCUUGAUCUUGAAGAGAGUAAUCUUGUUGCUGAAGAUGAGAGUAAAAAAGUAUCAAAUGAUAGACCUGACCUCAACAAUGAUGAGAUUGCCACAAUUCCAAUUUUGCAUACCAAGCCCUUGGUUACAAGGACCAGAAAGCCAAGAAAGAAAUCAUCAAGAAAAUUGUUUGAGGAUUUGCAUUCUCAAACUCUACCAUCAGAGCCAACUACCUCUAGUUCUUUGAAUCUGCCACAAAAUGAACUGAUAACCAAGGCAGAAAUGAUUGAAGAUGUAGUACAAGCUCAUGAUACAGAAGAAGUUGCAGAUAUCUUGUCAAAAUCAGUUGAGAACUCAAAAGAUGAAGAAACAAAGAGAUUGGAAGGAAGCACAUCUGAUGAUCAAAAGAGAGUCUAUCUCACACCAUCACAUAAUACUAGAAGAAAAACUCAAAAGUCAAAUAAGAGCAAGUCCUCAUCUAAAAAGCUUAAGAAUCCAAGGAAAAAGGCUGCUAGUGAAAGCAUGAUGAAGGCUUCUGAACCAGAUACUUCAGAGUCUACAUCCCUGGCACUGCAUUCACAAAGUCCUACAGACAUGAUGAGUCAGAGCCAGUUUGGUGAAAUCUUGGAACAGAUUUUAAAGAUUCCUGGACACAUUUUCAUGAGGCAUGCCCUAAAAUUUGAUGAUAAAAGACAAAAUAUUCAGAUAGAUGUAACAAAUUUACAAUUUGCAUAUGUUUUACGUACCAAUUUACUGAGUGACAAAGAACAAUGGUUCUCAACAUGUGAUGGGUUUCAGUAUACAUUUGGUGAUAUAAAAGAAGCAUAUAGAAGGAUAAUAUCAUUUUCUGCACAAUGUAAUGAAUUGAUAUUUGUUUAUAACUUUGAAAAUAAAAAAGAAUCAAUUCCUCAAGCUUCAAUUGAAUUUGGAAAAUUAUUUAAGUUUGAUCAAUUUUUUCCUCAUUUUCUUGAUUAUAAAAUAGGUAAAUGGAAGCAAGUAAAUGUGAUAACAAAGAAUUUGAGUAAAACUGAUUUUGAGAAACUUUAUAAGAAUUCUGCAUCAGAAGUGGAAAAGAGAAAAGCAUCAAUGUUUAUGAUGACUUUUGAUGAUACCUAUAGAAAUUCAAAAUUCUUGAAAUAUGCUUUAUCAAGUGGGUUUUUAUGUCAAGGGGCCAUCUUAUCAUUGAUGGGGACCAUAUCUCAUGUACUUGAUUUAUCAUCAGAAAAGGUGAACUGGAAAACCUUGACUAAGGCAGAAAUUAUAAAUAGAGUUAAUCAGUUGAUCAAAGCAAUGCAUGGAAGGGUAACCUUGCAGAUCGAUCUGAUGUUUGCUGUAUUUGAACACCCAUGGGUAGAAGAGUAUACAAGGAGCAUCUUUGUAAAUGAAGAGGGAAUAUCUCAUCUAUUUCAGGAACGGUUGAAGAAUUUGGCCAUUCUUGCUGAUGGGAUGGGGAUCAAACCUUCAGAUCUUGGUUUAAAGGCUGAUGGGCUACAGAAGUUGACUGCAGGAGAAUUCUUAAUUGCAAAUCAUGUUGGCCUUGAAGCUGAAGAAUUGAUAGAAUUCAAAGUAUGGCUGAAGAGUGAUCUCAAUCAGGGUAGGAAAAGUUCACGUGUACUAGGAAAUUGGGAUCUUAGUGUUCCACAGAAGUGUUGGAACAAGGGACAUGCAUUCAUUGAGUACUUCCAUUACAGAAAGGAAAAGAUCAGUGGUCUUGAAAAUUGGAAACUUUCUCAUCCAUACAAUCCAAUACUAAUGGCAGAACGAGAGAAUGAGACACACAAACUGAAUCCAGAUAAUUUGGAUGAAUCAAUCAAAAGCUGUCUGAAAUACCUAGACUUUUGA